GGUUGUGACUCAGGCGAUAUGUACAGUGCUAGCUAACUGUGCUAGCCUUACCUAGCUGUUAUUGAUCGUGAGUUGAGUCAAAGCAGGAGGAAAUUCUUAUUGUUUUAAAUAAUUAUCCUUUCAGUUUUACCAACUAGACGACAGGAGAAGUGGAGGACACUGUCCCCGAGUGUCUGCUUGAACUUGUCAGCUCUUCAAAAACAAACGGCUCUCGGUAAACUUGGACGAAUCAAGAAGCAGCGGAGUUUAAGUGAAUGGCUGAAGGCUUCUCAGACCCGCCUGAAUUCAAUCCGGAUGUGACAGCACAUCAGCAUAAAUCUAAAAGAGGAGGACACAGACACAACAAUGACCGAAACCUGAGUAGUUAUAGCUAUGAUCCCUCUCAACCAUAUGGAAACCCCCAUCAAGGCUUCAAACACCCAUUUGGCUAUAGUAAUUUAAAUAAUCCAGAUUAUAACCCUCCUUCCUAUCAAAGAGAGGAUGCAUCCACAAGGAGAGGCCGCGGUAGAGGAAGAAGAGAAGGAAAUAGAAAUUUAAAUGGAAAUUUUGGUGGUCCUGGCCCCUCAAGGCAAAAAUCUGAUGGUGACUUUGGUCAGUAUGAUGCAAGUAACAGGUAUGGACGUGGUUUCCAGGCAAAUCCCAUGGCUAGACCUGAUGGAUCCAGCUGGAGGAGAGAAAGCGUUGGCAGAGAUGCGGAGCAAACCAACCAGGAGCAGGGUGCUCAGGUUAAAAAAACCAGAAAUUCAGGCCGGGAGCAGAGGAGGGGAGAACAGAGUGAAAAAAGUGGUCAAACAAAGGAGAAUCAGACAACUGCACCAGGUCAAAGGUCACAUACUAUCAGAGAAGAAAAAAACUCGGCUUCAGAGAACAAUGAGAGAAUUCCACAGAGUAAAUCCGGUGUCAAACCUCAACACUAUGAUCACCAGAAAAAACACAACGAUGUGAAGCGACGGCAAGGACCAAUCAAACCACCUAAACCUUCUCAAGACGAGGUGAGGUCAGAUAGCGGCACUGCUUACCAGGGUGGUUCUGACUGGAUCCGAUCAUCUCAGGAACCUGGCUGCCAGCCUGAAAGAGGCUCAGGAGCACACAAACCUUUUCAGAGCAGAGGGAGGAGAACAAGCCAUUUGAACAAGCCGGGUCUGUGGAGCUCAGAGAAGAUGCCCAAGAGCAAAGAGACACAGACAGGAUGUUUGAUCGAACAGCUGUCCGAGGAGAAAUACGAGUGCAUGGUGUGCUGCGACGUGGUUCGGGUCAUGGCCCCAGUGUGGAGCUGCCUGAGCUGCUUCCACGUCUUCCACUUGAACUGCAUCAAGAAAUGGGCUCGAUCCCCGGCGGCUUCACAGGCGGAUGAUUCAGCUGAAGGUUGGCGUUGUCCAGCCUGCCAGAAUGUUUCCCUGAAACAGCCGACCACCUACACCUGCUUCUGUGGUAAAGUGACGAAUCCUGAGUGGCAGCGCAGUGAGAUCCCCCACAGCUGUGGGGACAUGUGUGGGAAGAAGAGGAGUGGAGUGGAUUGCAACCACCCCUGUAACAUCUUGUGUCACCCUGGACCUUGCCCUCAGUGUCCUGCCUUUGUAACCAGAUCCUGCGUCUGUGGAAAGACGAGCCAACCGAUGCGCUGCGGCCAGGCUUCAGCGCUCCGGUGUAACGACGAGUGCAGAGCUUUACUCAACUGUGGUGAUCACACCUGCACGCAGGUGUGCCACAGCGGGACGUGUCAGCCCUGCCAGCUGCAAGUUCAGCAGGUUUGUUACUGUGGAGUCACGACUCGUACAGUCCCGUGUGGCACAGAUAAAAAGGCAUUUGAUGGUUCAGGACAUUUCUCUUGUCAAAAAAGUUGCUCAAAGAUGCUGAGUUGUGAAGCUCACCGAUGCCAGCAGGCGUGCCACUCGGGGCCGUGUCAGCCGUGCCCCCGCUCACCGAGCCUGGUGAAGACGUGUCCUUGCAGUCAGACCCCGCUGACCAAACUCCUGGAGCUGGGCUACUCUGAACGACGUAGCUGCACCGAUCCGAUUCCCUCUUGUGGGAAGACGUGUAACAAGCCCCUACCUUGUGGUUCCAAUGACACCAUCCAUUUGUGCCAGAAGUUAUGCCACGAGGGCAGCUGCGGACCGUGUUCUUUGACCUCCACUAUCAGGUGUCGUUGUGGCUCCAAGACUAAGGAAGUACCAUGUGCUAAAAUCCAAAAAGAAGAAGAGCUCGUGUUCACAUGUGAGAAACGUUGCAACAAGAAGCGCUCCUGUGGUCGACACAAGUGUGGAGAACUUUGUUGUAUUAACGUGGAGCACAAGUGCUCCCUGAUCUGUGGCUACAAGCUGAACUGUGGCCUCCACCGCUGCCAGGAGCCUUGUCACCGUGGAAACUGUGAACCCUGCUGGCAGUCCAGUUUUGAUGAGCUGACAUGUCACUGUGGGCUCACAGUGUUGUACCCACCUAUCCCUUGUGGCACGAAACCACCCGAGUGCAAAAACAUGUGUACAAGAAGACACGAGUGUGACCAUCCAGUGUUUCACAACUGCCACAGCGAGGACAAAUGUCCACCAUGCACCUACCUCGUUCAGAAGUGGUGCAUGGGUAAGCAUGAGCAACGCAGCAACAUCCCAUGUCAUCUGCAAGACAUUUCCUGUGGUCUGACAUGUAAUAAGCUGCUGCCUUGUGAAAUGCACCGCUGCAAACGGCUCUGCCACCGGGCGGAGUGUCUGCCUGAUGGAGGCUGCCAGCAGCCCUGCACGCUGCCUCGUCCAGACUGCGGCCACCCGUGUUCAGCUACUUGUCACAAAGGCAGCAGCUGCCCACGCACCACCUGCACUGCAAAGGUAGCUCUGCAGUGCAGCUGCGGUCGAAAAAAGGAAACAGUUGCUUGCGCUGAAGCUGCCAGUUCAUAUCAGAGGUAUGCAGCCAUUGCCAUGGCCAGUAAACUGUCAGACAUGCAGCUUGGUGACUCUAUGGAGAUCAGCCCACUCCUCACCAAGAAGGAGCUAAAACAGACCAGGCUUGAAUGUGAUCAAGAUUGUGCCACUUUGGAAAGAAACCGGCGUUUAGCGGAGGCAUUGGAGAUAGACUCUUCUUCUGAUCCUUUCAACGUUCGUACAAACUCUGUGUACAGCGACAGCCUCAAAGAAGAUGCCAGAAAAGACCUGAAGUUUGUCGCAGAUGUAGAAGAAGAGAUGAAAAAUAUUGUUGAGCUUGCCAAUAAGGGGAAACAGCCAAAGAAGAGCCACUGCUUCCCGCCGAUGAACCGAGAGCACCGGAAGAUCGUCCACGAGCUGGCGGAGGUCUACGGCGUGGAGAGCGUGAGCUACGACAGCGAGCCCAAACGCAACGUGGUCAUCACAGCCCACAAGGGGAAGUCUUCCUGUCCAAACUCAACCCUGGCAUCAGUGAUAGAGCGGGAGACGACUGUGAGGGCGCCGCCUCCCAUCGCUCAUAUCAAACAGACCAGCAGCAAGGCUGCGAGCGGAAGCACCUGGUCAAAGAUGGUUAAGGAGGAUCCUGUGAUCGAUUAUUUUGAUGUUCAGGACUGAAAUGAGACUAAAACAGAAAGAGCUGUCUAUAAACUUCAGUUUAAAUCUGCUAAAAAAUACUAAAAACUAUUCUAGACCUGUUCUGUUGAUCAAAAAUGCAUUGAUUUAUUUGGAUUUGUAAUCAAAUUGUUAAAAAAAUUACAAAAAUGUGAUUGAAUAUUUUAUUUUUUGUCACAAUAUGAGAAGGAAUCCCAUGAAAAUCUCUAGUUAAGUCUUUAAUGAGCUGUAAAUGUUCAUGUUUAUUGAGUAACUUAAAAAAAAACAUAAGACUCAGAUUAAAAACGGUAGAAGACAUAUUUGAUAUGAUGUUCCUGAACAGUAUUCAGGGCUGUACUUUCAACCAUCAAUGACGUUUUGUUCUUUCUGCUGGUGCUGAGCCAGGCCUCCUGUUAUAAACCCGUGUUGAUGGAGCCAGUGGGCUGCGCUGCGCAGAGAAAGCCAUGUGAGCGAACGCAGCAGUGACCCACUUAGUGCUCUGCACUUUCCUGAGAACUUCCUGAGUAAAAGCAGAAAUGAUCAGGUCUGAAUGGGACAGACUUUCUUUUAGGACCUUGUGAGGUUUUGAGAGCUAAGAUGCUGACUCGGACUCGUGUGAACAGGAGACGCCCCACAAGUAGACACGUGCAGGUUUGAUUCAGUCAGCUCAGGUGAAGUCAUCCUAUUUAAACAUACAUGUCCACAUGCAAAUAAACCUAAUAAAACCAA